AUGACGUCGAGCUUAACGCACGAUUGGUAUGUUGAGAAAUGCGGUGCAGGUUGUGUGACUAAUUGGCUUUUCCCGCCGGGAAAGAAAGGAAGAGAUCUGGUCUUGGAAAACUUUGUUACAGAGACAAAGUCAAGUGUGGCGUUUUUGUGGUUGUACUUCUUUGGGAUUUUUGUACCUGUUAUCUGUGACGAUGAUCAUAGUGACGAAACUAGUUUAGUCCGCUCCAACAAGCAUAAAGACAAUGGUAGCGCCAACUUUCCCUCAUCUGUCAAGAAUAAGGCCACCUUUUCACCCCCUCUGUCCCCUACCCCCGCUCCCGCUCCCGCUCCUUAG